GCUCCAAGACUUCCUUGCAGUCCUUUCGUGCUGUUUUCAAAUAAGAUCAGGCAGUCUGUGAAAGAUGAGAACCCUGGCAUUGAGUUUUUAGAGAUGGGACGAAAAAUAGGAGAGAAAUGGAGAGCACUUGACAGUGAAGAACGAAAAAAGUUUGAAGAAGAAGCAGGAGUCUUGAGGUUAUCUUACUUAGAAAAGAAAAAGCAAUGGGAAAACCAAAAUAAAAGGUAA